UUUCUUUUUCUUGUGUGGAAAGGUUUAAAUUUUAAAUUCGGUCUACAGUUUCGUGGGUCGAAAAUUUAUAACCCAAAGGGGUUGCAACUCCUUGAGCCUCCUACAACAUUGGCGGAGAAAUCGAGCUUCCCCUCAUCUGAAAUCUCUAAUUUCUGUCCUUUUUUCAGGAAAAAACGAUUCAAGUCGAAUUCUCAUCUGGGUCACCUCCAUUUCCUCUUUUAGUCCAACCUUUUUUUUUUAUCAAGUUCAUAACUUUAAUAAUCCAUAUAUUAUUGGUCCUUUUUGGAGUUUGCUUUUAGCGGUAAAAAUAGUGAGAUUGAUUAUAUAAAAUUGAUGUCUUUGGUUGAUAAGGAGAUAGCAAGCGUUGGUGGCAGUGGUGGAGGCUCUGUGGGCGAUGAUGGUGACGACGAUGAUGAUGAAGAAGGUGGUGGGUCCCCUGGUAGAUGCAAAUGCGGUGAUGAGCAUACAAAGAAGCAGAGAGGGUUUAGGGGUAGUGGGUUCUCAAGAAAUUUUGGAAAGGCCAAGCAGGUGGUCCUGCAUCCCUUCACUAGAUCCAAGAAGCAAUUACCCAGAAAAAACAAGACGAGGGCUUCUUCUGCAUCUUCUUGUUCUGUGUCUUCUAGUUCUUUUUCUUCAGGUAAGAGGUUUGGAGCUGGUGUUAAUGGCAGUGGCAAUAAAGGUUGUUACUUUUGUUUCACGCAACCCUCAACUCCGGGUUCACCAAUUGGGUCUCAGACCAGCGACCCAGAGCACCCGAAUUUCACUUUUGGGAUGUUGAGAGAUUUUAUGGAGAAGAAUGAUUUCUUUUCUAAAGAGUGCAAUCCCCACUUGGAUAUUGAUGUCUCCCCAAAUACCAAGGAUUGAAGGAUAUUUUAUCUUCCUACACUAUUUUGUUGUUGUUGUUGUGUGGAAGAGAUUGUUGAGAAUUUUGUCAAAAUGAAUUGAAGAGGUUGUGGAAGUUUCAUACCGAUGACAAGGCUGAUUGGAUUUUUUUUAAUUUAAAAGAUUUGUGGUUCUCUCUUUCAUGAUGGUAGGUGUACCUUAUGGAUGGAUUAUAGAUGGUUUUGAAGCAUUUUGACAGUUUGAUAUGUGGUGUGAGAAUGUGAUAAUAGAUGUUCAGUGCAUAUUAGUUUCAAGAAUAUAUGCUCGGGCGGCUCUUAGACAGCCGAUGCAGAAACCAGGCUUGAUUUAGUUUCAAAAAUUUAUUCUUCUUGUUUUGCUUGGUUCACAAAUGCCUAUCACAUCUAGGGGAAUUUGGGGAAACCGCGUGCGUCCCACAUUGUUUCCUGAAGAAAUUGAAGCUUUUAUUUGAUGUUUGAAUUCUUUCAGUUUGUAAAUUCAUUCAUACCUUUUUGUUU